UGUGUUGACAGGUGUUAUGGCAAUUAAUGAAUUAUUCAAAACGGGCGCGCAAGCUGCACCGAUUUUUCGAGUAGGACUCAUAAUUUAUCUUUGACUACCUACUUGAAACAAUACGAAUUGUCCACAAUUUUUGACGAGGGUUAAAUGCAGCUGGCCCGCCUACGGCCUUUUUUCCGAAAUUAUGCAAAUCUCGCGUUUGUUGAUGUUAUUGUGAAAACCACCCAGAUUUUUAAGCGCAAAGAGGACGGUAGCUUUAAUGAGGUAGGAUCCUGAAGGAUAUAGUGACGAGGGCGCACGCGUUCCGGUCUCCAAUCGUGUAUAGUCCUGUAAUGGUAAAGGCGUGCUUUCCUGCUACUUUAUGAUAUUAUCUUCCCUACUCCUUGCUGUAAACGGCUUGGUAGUGGUAGCGUUGUUACCACCACAUUCGAUUUCUCAGUCGAUACCCAAAGGUUACACGGUGUAGUUAUUCAGUGAGUGUUUAAAAUGUCUGCUGCAAGUGACUACAUUAAUUCAGAUGCGAUAGUUAAAGGUCAUCAAGGAUAUCCACCACCUCCUUAUCAGGAAAUUAAAAUCGAGGCCACGCAUACGUCCCCGCUUUUAACGCCGCCGCACACGCCGACGUACUCGACGUCGCCUCCUCCACGUUACCCUUGCGAGCCUUGGUUUCAAGAGCCACAGAGAUACCAAUACCAAAGUCAACCACCACCCGUGCCGUAUCCGUCCUAUAAUGCCGUUUUGGUGAAUCAAUGGUUGCGAAACGCCGCACUUUACCACGCGAGAAGUCAAGUGGAUCUCCGCGCACCGGGCAGAGCCCCAAUGCCUAUGAAGAUGGGCCCUGGAUCGUCACGUCCCAAAAAGCAAUUCAUUUGCAAGUUUUGCAAUCGACAAUUCACAAAGAGUUACAACUUACUUAUUCACGAACGGACCCACACCGACGAGCGCCCGUACUCUUGCGACAUCUGCGGAAAGGCCUUCAGGAGGCAAGACCACCUAAGAGACCACAGGUACAUCCACAGCAAGGAAAAGCCGUUCAAGUGCGGAGAAUGCGGAAAGGGUUUCUGUCAAAGUCGCACGCUGGCAGUUCACAAGAUCCUCCACCUGGAGGAAUCGCCUCACAAGUGUCCCGUCUGCAACCGCUCGUUCAACCAACGCUCAAACCUCAAAACCCACCUUCUGACGCACACAGAGAGACCGUUGGAAUGCUCGAUGUGUUCACAAUUUUUCACUUCGUACGCCGAACUGAGGGCGCACGAAAUCCAACACUCCACCACCAGUAAUCCAUCAGUCGACACAAACUCAUGCCUCGACCUGAGCACCAAGCGAUACUCCUCAGUACAGCGAUUACCAAACACCACCGACAAGGACGGCAGCACGCGAAAACCCCUCGGUUUCAGCAUCGAAGACAUCAUGAAGCGAUAGUUUGCCUCGCACAUAUCUGCAGCCACUGUUAGAAUUUAUAUUUCUGUUAACCAAAGAUUCCAGUAGAUCAGAUUACCUCAGUUAAAGACUGAAUCUCAAUUGCGUUACCAUUUUCGAUCUCCUCUAUUUAAUUUUUUUUUUUGUAAAUAUGUACAAACACAAUGUAAUUAAGUUGUUU